AUGUAUGCCGAGUGUUCGUGGUCAGAUACAGAUGCUUCACCAUUUUUUAAUUAUCAUCUUCGGUCAUCAAAUUCGUCACCGGAAAAUCUUAGUGCUAUACGAAUAUCCGGUUUUCGAGCAGCUCUUGAUCCACUCUACGGUUAUCCAUCUGUGGUUGUCAGCGCAUGUGAACGUGAUGCAGUUGAGUGCAUACAAAUGCUAUGCAGAUUACCGGGUAUUUUGAAAAGAAGAUUUGUUCUACUUAAGAAAUGA